AUGACAGAUUCCUCCCCUGACUACUACGCCGAUUUGGGCAUCUCAGCGGGAGCCACGACUGCAGCCAUCAAAGCUGCUUUCCAUGCGCUCGCCAGACAGCACCACCCCGACAAGACGGGCGGCGGAGAUUCCACCGCUUUCCGCACCGCACGCGAGGCUUUUGAGAAGCUGAGCGACCCCGACUUCCGCGCCCAAUACGACCACGCUCGUCGCUCCACCGCGCGCCCUGGCAACGCCGACGUAGUUGUCGAGGAAGAGGACGUCUUCGGCCCCUUCGGCCCCUUCGGCCAUACGCGCACCGAGCAGUUUGCCGCAGCAGACGAAGCCAGGAGACGAAGCCCACCGCCCACCAAGCCCAAGCGAGGGUCUCAAGAGCCAAGCUGGGCCUACUACAAUGGCAGGGCGUUCACGGCCUGGGUCAAGAGGGACAGGGAAUGGAGAGAGCGCCACCCCGAGCCAGCCAUGUUCGAGGCGGAUGAGCAAGAACCACUCGACCCCUCGUCCACUGCCUGCGUCGCCCACGGCCUCCGCGUCAAGAUGAGUGAUCACCCCGCCUCCCGCGAGUUCUGCUCCAGUCCUGCUAGCGGCUGGCAAGUCCAGGCAGCUGGUCAGGACAUCUGCAUAUUCUGUCUAACCAUGCAUAACGGUGGCAGUCGCUGUCCCAGAUGCCAGGCCCUCGCCUGUCCCGCCUGUCUGCGUGAGAUCAUUGGUCGAGAGAGGGAUGCGCGCUCAAGUUGGACGUCGGGCUUUGCGUAUCGUCCUGGCGGUGGCUAG